AUGCCCACGCUCAAGAUGCUUGUACUACUGCUCCUCGGCUGCUUGGACCUAGAAGUCCGGGGCCAGGCCAUCACCCUCACGCCGUCGACGAUCGACCACCGCACGAGGACCGUCACGGUCAUCAAGACGUUGACCCAAGCCGCCGUCAGCACGACGGCCACAACAACCACAGUCACGACGGCCACGACGGCCACGGUGACGGUUCCGACGACGGUCACCGAAACCACUACGAAGACGGCCACUGCCAUUGCCACAGUCACGACAACGGCCAUGGCCACGAUCACAACCACGGCGCCCUGCUCCCCGGCCGGCUGUCCCACCGUCACGGCCACCGGCGCCGUCUGCAGGAGCUGCUUCGUCGCCCAGUGCACCACGACGUCGACCGUCACGAGGUCCUGCGGCUGCCCGACCUCGCUUGCCACGACGACGGCCGACUUUGGGUGCGACCAGCCCGGCGUCUGCAACAGGAUCGGGUGCAGGACGGUGUUUGCCGUGGCGACGCCGGCCUGUUGA